ACUUCCGCCCCUCUGCGCCUGCGUGCAGACGUUGUCCGGUGUGGAGACGCCAAAAAGGUCCGGAGAAGCGGAAGUCAUCCUCAAAGGGGGCGGCGCCGAGAAGAAAGAGGGAUUUGCUUUCAUCUCAGUCCCUUCUCUGCUGUUGCCGGGGCUGUGGGAGUGAUGUGAGCGUGCUGAAGCGGUAUUGGAGGCACGGUCUCUGAUAAAAUAAUGUUCAGGAAAGGGAAAAAACGGCAUAGUAGCAGCAGUUCGCAAAGCAGUGAAAUCAGCACUAAAAGUAAGUCUGUAGAUUCUAGUCUCGGAGGGCUUUCAAGAUCUAGUACUGUUGCUAGCCUAGAUACAGAUUCCACAAAAAGUUCAGGUCAAAGUAACAGCAAUUCAGAUGCUUGUGCGGAAUUUAGAAUUAAAUAUGUUGGUGCCAUUGAAAACCUGAAGCUCGAUGAAAGCAAGACUUUGGAGGGACCGCUGGACUUAAUAAAUUACAUCGAUGUUGCACAGCAAGAUGGAAGGUUACCCUUUGUGCCUGGAGAAGAAGAAUUCAUCAUGGGUGUUUCCAAAUACGGUAUUAAAGUCACAACUUUAGAUCAGUAUGAUGUCUUGCAUAGACAUGCACUCUACCUGAUUGUGCGGAUGGUUUGCUACGAUGAUGGCCUGGGGGCCGGGAAGAGUCUACUGGCUCUGAAGACGACAGAUGCAAACUAUGAAGAAUACAGCCUUUGGAUAUACCAGUGUAAUAGUCUGGAACAAGCACAAGCUAUUUGUAAGGUAUUAUCAGCAGCAUUUGACUCAGUUUUGACAUCUGAGAAGCCCUGAAUUUCUGCAGCUGCAUCUCAUACGGAGAGGGAAGUACCACUUGCUGUGGCUGUACAGCAAACAGAAAUCAAAGCAAGGAUUCUGAAUGGAACAAAUGUGAACUUCUAAACAACCGCUUGAACAUACUGUUCAAAGGAGCAAGGUUUUGUUUUGCUUUUUGUAAAUAUAACUUGCUUGCUAAAUCUGUGUGAUGAAGAAAAAAAACCUCAGCCAUGAAGCUCAUGGGGUGAUUUCAGGCCAGUCGUUCUCUUGAUCAACCAAACCUACCUCACAGGGUGGUUGUGCAAAUAAAUGGGAUGGAGACCAGGUGUGGAACCUUAAGUUCCUUGAAGGAAGAUGAAAGCUAUUAUAAUAAUAAGAGCAUAGCAAAGACUCAAUGUUGUACGAUAUGCUCAGUCUCAUAAAUAUCAAAUCUUAAUUUUGCUAAGAUUUUUGUAUAUGCUAAUAAAAAUAUUGUAUGAUA